AUGUCCCGCUACGUGAACGACCUGUGGCCGGGCUCGCCCUCGGCCGCGCGCUCGGGCCGGUCCAGCCGGCUGUCCUCGGCGUCCGGCAGCCGCUCGUCCUCCGGAAGCUCUGGGGCCCGGGCCCGCGUCUCGAGUCGGUCGGCGUCCGGGAGUCGGAGCCCGCCGCGGAGGGCGGGCUGCGCCGGGUCCCGGGCCAGGAGGCGCCGCCAGCGGAAGUACAGGCGCUACUCGCGCUCCUACUCGCGCAGCCCUUUCGUAGAUCGAAUGGAGCUGUUAGAAAUAGCAAAAGCCAAUGCAGCAAAAGCUUUAGGAACAACCAACUUUGAUUUGCCAGCUAGUCUCAGAACUGCUCUUGUAUCAAAAGAAACAAACCGUGGAACAGCUGUACCAAAUAAUGCUUCAAAGUUUGAGCUGCCGGAAAAGCUAACAGAAGAUGGAACUAAAAAGCCCAAUGAAAAGUCUUCCCAGCAAAAAAGCAUAGCUUUUAGCUCUAAUAAUUCUGUAGCAAAGCCAAUGCUUCAGAAAUCAGCUAAAGCUACUGCUCAAGAGACCUUCUCAGGAUCCCCAAAAAUAAAUCUGAAGAAAAGUCCAUAUGGACUGUGGAUACCUGUCUAAAAAAGAAAACUAAAAAGCUAAGGUUGCCUGAAAUGCACUUUAUUGCAUGUUUGUGUUUCUAGCAUUAUUGUCUCCCUGUGAGCCAUUUAGUGGUAACUGGUGAAGUUACAGCCACACAAAAAGAUGUAAAUACUUAAUAUUUAAAUGUUAACAUUUUUUUACAGAUAUGAGAUAGCACAAAUGGAUGAGAGGUUACAUACAGGUGGGAGUCUUUUAUAUAUAUAUAUGUAUACACUUGUAAAUGUUUUGUAUAGUAUCCGUUGGUUUAUAGAGGUGAAAUUUAUAAGACAAACAGUAAUUGAACUGUGUUUGUGUUGUAUAUAUUUGUUAAUAAAUUUCUUGUUUUUA